AUGGCCAUUGCUCGAGAUUACCUGGUCAUGGAGAUAUGCGCUCCACUACACGCUACGCUAACUACAAUGAUCAAGGCACAGAGAAACGAAUGUACAUUCUACAACUGCGUCCAGGGACUGCUGGACAGGAAAGCGGCGAUCCAGCCACAGGAGCGUCGCAUUGAUCAGGGUCUCCCGGUCAGGGACGGGGACGGACCUGUGCCAUUGACCAAGUCAGAAAAAAACCACUUGAUUCGGUUGCACUCAACGGUGCCAGUUCAAGUGAAAAACGUCCUUUUAAAUGUGUUCGUCCGAUUUGAAAGGCGCGAGGAUAGAAGCAUGGAUUUCAUCUGCGUUUGCAGAAAGCCAUUCCUGACAAGAGAUAGCCUGAGCAAGCAUUACAACGCUCAAGUUCUCCCUGAUGAUUUGAAGAUCGUCAAUGCCCCAGGAAGAGUGGUUGAUGCAACUAUCCGAGAGUUCAUGCGGGGCUCGGACAUUGCAAAUACUCAACAGCAACAUGCACAGCGCAUGCAAAUCAUGGCCUCUAUUGCCCAGAUUGCAGCAGGUCAAGGGCAGGGGCAAGCUAUGCAAGCUGCUUCUGCUUCUGCUUCUGGCACCGGACCUUCCAGUCCGGUUUCUACAAGCCCCUCACUUUGGAACAUUCAAAUCCCUAGUCGUAUGUCUCCAACUGAAAAUAAGUAAAAUAAAAAUGGCGGUUUGGUGGAGCGAGUGUAGAACGAUAUAAAAAUUGCGCAGAUGUAGAGACGGGAAAGCGCAUGGUCUUGCCUUGCUUAUCAUUUUCCACGGUAGUGAAAGCUAGGUAACUCCCUACGCGUCGGGAUGCUUGCAAACGAUUGGAGUAUCUGAGGUGUCGAAGGAUCUAGGGUGAAAAGGGUAUUUUAUUG